UGUAUGUUGACAAUCUAAACUUAGAGAAUUCCUCCCAAAGAGUCAUCCUGGUCAAGGUUCUGAUGUUGAUAGGUUUACACAGACUGCUCAGUGGAAAGGUUUUGGGUAAGAGGCAAACAAAGACUAUAGUAUAAUUACCAUAGGCCUGAUGAGGGAGGGGAAAGGAGAUUCUUUAGGUCUAGUAAGGUCCUGUACUCUAGAUCUCAAAAGGAGCUUCUCUAGAACCUUGGAGGACACCUCAAGUACUAUCAAUGCCAAGGGUAGCUUGCUGGACCCUCACAAAAGAGCAUCAAGACUUUCCUCUGUCCCUAGACAAAUUUCUAAAGUGCUGUAACCAAGUGAGUGAAGAAAGAAGUAGGUGAAAAAUAAAAUCAAAGAGAUCUAGAUAAAUAAGAACCUGGCUUCAGCUUUCCCAUGUGUGGGAUAUAAAGAAUGGAUGAAAGUGGUGCAGAGGGGUAGGAUGCGGAUGAAUGCAAAAGUGAGCUUCCUGCCUGUAUCAGCCUGCUCAGUAAAGGCAGCAUUGCUCUUAAGGGACUAAAUCAAAAGAGGUGCCACAUUAUAGAAUUUUCUACCACGGGGGCAACUUCCCAAGGGGAAGCAUACAGACUGCACAUGGAAGGACAGAGGCCUGAGCCUGAGCAGAAACUGCCAAGUAGAAGAGGAGAGAAUGCUGAUUUCAGAGCAGUAGGACAAGGAGGGGAGGCAGGGUUUGAUAUGAUAAGUUGAUUGAAUUUCAGUGGAAAGAAGAAGCAGCCAAUUUCAAGAUGAUCAUUUUGUAUUAUUUCUUUUUGUUUUCCAUGAUAGGUCAGAAGUUACUUUAAAAUACAUUUAUUUUAAUUUAUCUGUGUGUGUUUUGAUUGCAUGAGUUUAAAUGUAUCACAUGCCCACAGGUUCCAUAAAGGCCAAUAGGCAACAAAUUCCCUGGAACUGAGUUAUAGGCAAGUUUCACCCACCUGAUGUAGGUGCUGGGAACUACACCUGGGUCCUUGGGAAGAGCACCCCCUUCAGGGCCCAAACCAAGAGGAAAGCAAGUGACAUCAUCGAGAUAAGAAAGAAAAGCAGUUGCUCCUAUCAGGAGACAGAAGAGCCUGGGAGAUUGUUCAAGUUCUGCAGUCUCAAGGAGAGCAGAAACCUUCUAUGCUGUCUCUGAAAAGAAAAAAACUGUCAUGAGUCCAUCAUUUGAAAGGGAGUCUCUUUGCCAUAAUACUGAUGUAUCAAGAAAUGUUCAUGAACCCCAAAAAGACCCCUGAGGAGCCAAGUUUGAUCCAAUCAUAUGUUGGUCUCUUCAAGUCUAAGCUUGGGCUCCAUGCCAACUUAGACAUAGAGGGAAGUAUAGACUCUCAUAGAAGUCUCAUAUGUGCGAGCCUGGAUGAACUGAGAUGCCACUUCACAUGGGAGUUGGUUAUAGAAGAUGUGGACAUGCCUGAUUUGGAAGUAAGAAUCACAGAGACUGAGUUUCUUGAUAACAUUGAGAGAUUUAGGAUGCACAACCUCCUGGCCUACGUGAGACACCUGAAAGGCCAACACGAUGAGGCCCUGCAGAGCUUGAGAGAAGCUGAAGCCUUGGUCCAGAGAGAGCAGUUGGGCAGGAGAAGCCUGGUGACCUGGGGCAACUGUGCCUGGGUGCAUUACCACAGGGGCAGCUUGGACGAAGCCCAGAUGUACAUGGAUAGGGUUGUAAGGGUCUGCACAGAAUUUUUAAGUCCCUUUCGAUACAGAAUGGAGUGUGCUGAGAUGGACUGUGAGGAAGGCUGGGCCUUGCUGAAGUGUGGGAAAAAAUAUUAUGAACGAGCCCUGAGCUGCUUUGCAAAGGCUCUGGAAGUGGAGCCUGAAAACCCUGAGUACAACACAGGCUAUGCAGUGGUAGCCUAUCGCCUGGAUCACCAUCAUGGCACUUCUCUAGAACAUUUAAGGAAGGCUGCCAGGUUAAAUCCAGGAGAUCAAUACAUAAAAGUUCUCCUUGCCCUAAAACUUCAGGAUUUAGGCCAAACAGAUGAAGCAGAAAGACACAUUGAGGAAACUCUGCCAAGAAUAGUCUGUCAGACAUAUCUCUUUGGAUAUGUAGGCAAAUUUUACAGAAGGAAAGGUUUUGUGGAAGAAGCUUUAAGCUUCCUUGAGAGAGCCUUGCAGACACAACCUUUCUCCACCUUCUUUCACUUCCAGAUUGGCCUUUGCCAUAAGAAACGACUGAUUCAAAUAAAGAAUGCUACAAACAAGAAAACUAUAGGGGAGGAUAGAGAAAGAGCAGACCAAUGCAUUGAUUCUGCUAUAUAUUAUUUUAAAAAGACUUUAGAACUGAAACCCACAUAUGAGAUAGCUUAUGUUAAUCUGGCUGAAAUGUACCUAGAGAGUGGUCAACUAAAAGAUGCAGAGGACAAUUUUCAAAAAGUAUUAAGCAUGACUAACUUGGAAGAUCAUAUGCAGCAAGAUAUUCACUUACGCUAUGGCAACUUCCAACAAUUCCAUAAGAAAUCAGAAGAGACAGCAAUCACACAUUACUUAAAAGGCUUGAAAAUACAGGUGACUUCUCACUCCAGGGAUAAACUUCUCAAGGCUUUGGAGAAGCUGGCUAAAAGACGCAUUGACCAGAAUGUUGAUGUCGUGGGAAGCUUGAGCCUCCUCGGGUUUGUCUACAGACUGAAAGGGGACACAAGUGAAGCCAUGUCAUGCUAUGAGAAGGCCCUCAGGCUCACAGGAGCAGUGAGCACUGAGUUUUGAG